GAAGGGAAUAUCUCUUAAACUCUAAGUGGAAGAUACCAUUUGAAGUUGUUAAUUAAGCCCUGAAAUUUGGCAACUAUCAUCUCUCAUAUAAAUAUACAUCUCUGCGUUGUCCUCUUCUCCCAUCUCUUUUCCCCAUCACAUAAAUCAAACUAAAUUGUUUUAAACUAAACCUUUAAAAAAAAAAAAACACAUUAUUUUAAGAUCUAACCCUUUCUUUUGUUUUUUUUCUUCACUUAUUUUUGUCAGACUAUUUGGAAGCUGUACGUCAGCAUACUCAGCAACCUUAGACUAACAAAUUUAUUUCAGGGGAAAACAACAGAGGAAGAUUAAAGUGUCAUGGCUAAGGAUCAAUUACAUGUCCUAAAUGCGUUAGAUGUAGCCAAGACACAAUGGUACCAUUUUACGGCGAUUGUAAUAGCAGGGAUGGGCUUCUUUACGGACGCUUACGAUUUGUUUUGUAUAUCCUUAGUGACAAAACUCCUAGGACGGGUUUAUUUUCACGUGCCCGGCUCAGAGAAGCCGGGCACGUUACCCCCUAGAUACUCCUCGGCUAUCAAUGGAGUAGCCUUAGUAGGGACUCUAGCCGGGCAACUCUUCUUUGGCUGGCUCGGCGACAAGCUGGGCCGAAAAAAGGUCUAUGGACUAACACUAAUGCUCAUGUGUCUAUGCUCUGUGGCCUCGGGUCUCUCCUUUGGGAGUAACCCGAAUACUGUGAUGAUCACCCUUUGCUUCUUUCGGUUUUGGCUUGGGUUUGGGAUUGGUGGGGAUUACCCCUUAUCUGCCACCAUCAUGUCCGAGUAUGCUAAUAAGAAGACUCGUGGUGCGUUCAUUGCAGCCGUGUUUGCUAUGCAGGGGUUCGGGAUCCUUUCUGGUGGUAUAUUUGCUAUUUUGAUCUCUGCUGCAUUCGAUGCUAGGUUUCCAGCUCCAUCGUAUGAAGAAGAUCCAAUUAAGUCCACAAUUCCACAAGCAGACUUUGUCUGGAGGAUCAUACUUAUGGUUGGAGCAUUACCAGCACUUAUGACAUACUAUUGGCGAAUGAAGAUGCCUGAGACUGCAAGGUAUACCGCGCUUGUUGCAAAGAAUACUAAGCAGGCGGCUGCUGAUAUGGGGAAGGUAUUGAAUCAGGAGAUCGAAGAGGAGCAGCCUCAAGGGGUGGAGAAGUUGGGGACAAAGACCGUUUGGGGUUUGUUCUCCAAGGAGUUUGCUCGACGUCAUGGUUUGCACUUACUAGGAACUGCUAGUACCUGGUUCUUGCUUGACAUUGCGUUUUACAGUCAGAAUCUUUUUCAGAAGGAUAUCUUUAGUGCUGUGGGGUGGAUCCCUGCUGCUAAAUCAAUGAACGCAAUCCAAGAGGUGUAUAAGAUUGCUCGAGCUCAGACUUUGAUCGCGUUAUGUAGUACUGUUCCUGGAUACUGGUUCACUGUCUUCCUCAUUGAUAGGAUUGGGCGGUUUGUUAUCCAAAUUUUGGGGUUUGCCAUGAUGACAGUGUUCAUGUUUGCCCUUGCAAUUCCUUACAACCAUUGGACUCACCCGGAGAACAGGAUUGGGUUUGUCAUGAUGUAUGCCUUAACCUUCUUCUUUGCCAACUUUGGUCCCAAUGCUACCACAUUUGUGGUCCCUGCAGAGAUUUUCCCUGCGCGGCUAAGAUCUACUUGUCAUGGGAUAUCAGCUGCCGCUGGGAAGGCAGGUGCCAUAAUUGGCGCGUUUGGGUUCUUAUACUUGGCUCAGAAUACUGACCCAACAAAGACAGACCAAGGUUACCCUCCAGGCAUUGGAGUGAAAAACUCUCUCAUUGUUCUAGGUGUGAUCAACUUACUAGGGCUGUUCUUUACCUUCUUGGUGCCUGAGGCGAAGGGGAAAUCUUUAGAAGAAAUCUCACGGGAAAAUGAAGAUGAGGAGGAAGAAGAACCAUCCAUAGUUUGAGUUUGUUUGGGAUUUCUAGUGUAGUUUAAGAUCAGUUUCCCAAUGUCUACUGUAGUGUGAUCAAUGUUUCUUUCUUAUUUCUCAGGCACUAGUUCUCUAUGACAUUAGUUGUGUUGGGUGUGCUACAUUUUUGCAUAAAUUGUGAUGAGUUUAAGUAGGUUGUGAAGGAAUCUAUCGUGUUUGGUUUGUUGAAAAUCAUUGCAUUGUUUAUUUUAUAAUGUCAGCCAUUGCAACUUACAGAUACAGGUUCAAUGUGCUGAUCUUUAAAUACUGAUGAGUUUCGCUAUCAGGUCUGCUGUUUUUUUCAGUUCGGAACUGCAAGGUUUUGAUGGUUAUUUGUAAAGAAGAGUCAAGGAAAUCUCUUAACGCCUUAAAAACUAGCAAGAAAAAUGAAAAACAAAAUCAAGUGGUAAAACAUUUGUUACCUAGCUGCUUUCAAUUAGCAGCGACAAAGGCAGGAGUAUCUGAUAUCAGGCUAUGCUCUUGCUAAAAUCAUGUUUAUUCGUCAGCAAUUAAUUUCUAAUGUGUAGAAACAUUUCGAGCCCUUAAUAAAAUAAGAAUCACUUCAUAUACAUUGUCAACUGUAAACCAAGAAAACAAUCUUUAGAACCUCAUAGUGAUACUUCAGAGACAUGUUUCUACUAGGUUUCCUCCAAGUUUGCCAAGAAAGAAGUAUUUGAAGCUCUAAGUUUGCCAAGGGGAUGGCGUUGAUAUAAAACCUAAUGCCUCGUCAAUCACCCAUGAUUCGAGACACAAAGAGUUGGCCAGUUUCAUAUCGAGGGAUAAGGCUGAAAACUGUCAGUCCAAUACCGGGAAAACCAUACCUGACCAAAACAGUCCUACAGAUGAGACAGUAAAAUAGAAAGUCUACUCAAGCCCAACACCACCUUAAAGUUAGUCUGAUCU